CAAAAUAGGAACGAAAAUCUAACUGGAAGUGACCCACCGUACGACGACCCACGAGUUCCUCUCCGCGAACAACAAACACAUUAACCCAACAAACCCUAAUUUUUGAUCUAUCCCCAAUUCUUUGCCCCUUCUCAUCAAUUCAAUCUUAAUAAACUCAAGAUCAAAUUUUUCACUAAAUUUCCCUAUUAAAAGCCCCAAUUCACCUGCUUCCUUCUCUCAAUUUCCAUUUUUCUUGCCAAUUUUGACCCCUCCUACUGUAUAUUCAUUGCUUCUCACCAGAUCAAGCUCUGAAGGAUCCCCAAUUUCUCUCUGAGUGAAUGGUUAAGUAUACACUUUUGUAAUUCACUGAUAUAUAAAAGUAUGGGUAAUAGUGAAAUGGAUAAAACCACAAGAGAAAAGGAGUCGAAGACGCCGCCACCAACAUCACAGGAGCAGCCUUCAACCACCACAAGCACCGGACAAGUUAAUACUGACUGGGCCAGCUUUCAGGCAUAUUCUCCUAUGCCUCCACAUGGAUUCAUGGCGUCAAGUCCCCAAGCUCACCCUUAUAUGUGGGGUGUGCAGCACAUGAUGCCUCCUUAUGGUACUCCACCACAUCCCUAUGUUGCAAUGUAUCCCCAUGGUGGCAUAUAUGCUCAUCCAUCCAUGCCUCCGGGAUCUUAUCCAUAUCCUUAUGCCAUGCCUGCUCCAAACGGUAUUGCUGAGGCUUCCGGAAACACUCCUGCCAGCAUGGAAACUGAUGGUAAACCUCCUGAAGUGAAGGAAAAAUUGCCAAUCAAAAGGUCAAAAGGAAGUUUAGGUAGUUUGAACAUGAUUACAGGGAAAAAUAAUGAACACGGUAAAACAGAGGGGACAUCUGUUAAUGGACUUCACUCAAAGAGUGGUGAAAGUGGAAGUUAUGAAGGUACUAGUGAAGGAAGUGAUGCAAAUUCUCAGAAUGGCUCUCAAUUGAAAUCGGGGGACAGGCUGGAUUCUUUUGAAGGUGAACCAUCUCAAAAUGGCAGUUCAGUGCAUACUUCACAAAAUGGGGGACUUAAUGCACCUCAUACAGUGGUUAAUCAAACUAUGUCUAUCCUUCCUAUCUCGGCGAGUGGUGCUCCUGGAGCUGUUGCUGGCCCCACAACAAACUUAAAUAUAGGAAUGGAUUAUUGGAACGCACCAAAUUCAUCCAACAUUCCUGCUCUCCGCGGAAAGGUUCCGCCUACCACAGUUGCGGGAGCGGUGGUUACUGGUGGAUCACGGGAUAGUGUUCAGUCACAACUUUGGCUACAGGAUGAAAGAGAGCUUAAAAGACAAAGGCGAAAGCAGUCUAAUAGGGAAUCUGCCCGGAGAUCCAGGUUGCGCAAGCAGGCUGAGUGUGACGAGCUUGCUCAGCGUGCUGAUGUUUUGAAAGAAGAAAAUGCUUCGCUCCGAUUAGAAGUAAAUCGCAUUAGAAGCGAGUAUGAUCAGCUACUUUCCGAGAAUGCAGCUCUCAAGGAGAGACUUGGGGAACAACCAGGGAACGAUCAACACAUGUGUAACGACACUCAACAAAGUGGACAUACAGAGGUUGUGCAGGAUGGUCAUUAGGAUCAUAUACUGCAUUUCGGGAAGAUAACCUAACUCAAUAGCAAGAGCGUGAUCUUGUUUCGGAUAGCUUGUAGCUCAAAUUGUAUUACAGCUGACCUAUUAUAGUCUUAAAAGAUCUGUUUUUAUGUUAUAUGAUCCCUCAUUUCUAAUUUGUCUUACUUUUAACCCCAUUCAAAACAACAUGGAUCAUAUGUAGUGUGUGAAUUGUAUCAUACCUUUUUCUCAGCUUGAAAGUUAGUGUCUGUAGUAAUAAACAAUAUAAUUAAUGUAGCUGGUGUGUUGAUUAUAAUUUUCUGUAUGAAUAAUUUAUUGGGAAAAUAAUGAAAAGAAGAAAUGCCUGAGUUAUAUUUCGUGUCAA